GUAAAAAGGCGUACAAUGAUCACACCAGAAAUCAACAGUCUACUAUCUAUGUUAAAAACUGCAAACCUGAGAGAAGAGAACCAAUCCAUCAGUCACGAGUCAGUUACCCCACGGCAGCCUGAAAGAGGGGGUAUGCACGGCGCAGCUCCUGCGUCCUGUGCCACGCAUGUCGUGGGGAAAAGUUUUGGUGAGGACUGUGAAGUGUGUGCCUUGAUGGAAUUGCUGUGGGCCUUGGAGUACGACAGGCUGCGCACAGAAAGAGUCUUUAGGGAUCGGCUUGAUCCUCUGGAUGUCAGCGAUGCUCACCUGUUACGGGACUAUCGUCUGCCCCGCCAUGAGAUCCUGCAGCUUUGUGAGGAGCUUGGGUUAAAGUUGUCUAGACCCACCAACAGGACAUCAUCAAUUCCAGUUCACACUCAAGUUAUGCUUGCCCUGCGCUUCUUUGCAAGUGGAUCAUUCCAGAGUGUGUUGGGUGACACUGCUGGACUCAGUCAGGCUUCCACAUCAAGAGUGCUCAAUGAUGUUACCUCAGCUUUGUUCCAAAAGGCAAGAAUAGAAAUCAAGAUGCCAGCAAGUCAGCAAGACAUCACCCACAACAAGCAGGAGUUUUGUGCUGUUGCAGGAUUUCCCUCUGUCAUUGGUGUAGUUGACUGCACACAUGUACCUAUAAGAGGCCCAAGAAAUGGACAUACCUACCUAAACAAGAAGAAGAAGUACUCCCUUAAUGUACAAGUUGUUACAGAUGGAAAGAUGAGGAUAAUCAGCUUCAACGCAAGGUUUCCUGGGAGUAUGUGUAACUCCUACGUGUGGCGAGAGAGCCAACUGCGGAAACAGUUUACGGAUGGCAGAUUUGGAGAUUCAGUUCUUCUUGGUGAUUCUAGUUUUCCCUUGGAGCCCUUUCUUAUGACUCCUGUGAGGCGGCCAAAAACUACUGGUGAGCAUGCCUACAACAUCAGCCAUGAAGAGACAUGUACAGUAAUGGAGCAGACCCUGGGAACACUGAAGUCCAGAUUCCGCUGUUUGCACGAAUCAGGCGGCACUUUGAAGUACAACCCAGUGAAGUGUGCUUACAUAACUGUGGCAUGCAUGUAUUUGCAUAACAUAUGUGUAGAAAAAGGAGUUCCCUUGAAUGGGCCUUUGCUUGAUAGUGAUGGCUUUGAAGAUGCAACUUAUAGAGGAGGCGUUCAAUCAGGGCUGGCUCGCCGCCGGGCUAUCAUUGAGAAGGCCUUUUCAUAGGCUGGUGCUUUCUCUCUCUCUCUCUCUCUCAAGGACAGCAUCUAAGGAGGUGGCCUUGGCAGAAGAGCCUCCUUGUCUUCCAUUUCAAGUCUUUGUUCCUCACUUGUUCAAAGCCCUACACCAGCACCUGUCUCACAUGUACUACUACCUCAGCCUGUCUUAGCAUCUAAGUGCCCUUCCAGUCUUCCAAUAUGUUUAUGUAUUAUCAAAGUAAAAGAGAAGUUUAGGAAACAAA